AUGGCGACGGAGCAUAUAACCAAUAAGGCAGAUGAAUACAGUGUGGAGCUUUUACCUAGCGACGACGAUGCUCCUCCACCGCCGCUUUCAUCCUCGUGGCGUCUCAGCCUCGAGACUUUUCGACUUCCUUCUUCCCUUUCUUCCACUGGCCGUCACGACACUCGUACACGCUUCUCUCGCUGUUUCCGUACUCCCAAAAAGGAACGUAAAAUCUCUGAAUACUACAAAAAGCAAGAGAGGCUCCUCGAGGGCUUCAACGAGAUGGAGACUAUCCAUGGAACCGGUUUUGCAUCUGGAGCUCCAACUGAGGAGGAAAUGAAAAAGCUUGCAAAGAGUGAGAGACUGGCUGUUCACAUCUCCAACGCUACAAACUUGGUGCUUUUUGUGGCUAAAGUUUAUGCCUCUAUGGAGAGUAGAUCCAUGGCUGUGAUUGCUUCAACUCUGGACUCUCUCUUGGAUCUAUUGUCUGGUUUUAUUCUUUGGUUUACAGCUAAUGCCAUGAGCAAACCAAACCACUUUCAUUAUCCUAUAGGCAAACGACGCAUGCAACCAGUGAAUGGUAUUCAUAUGAAUAGUACAGAGGAGAAAUGGAUGAUAGGGAUCAUGGUCUCUGUCACCAUCAUUAAGUUCUUACUCAUGCUUUACUGCAGAGGAUUUCAGAACGAAAUUGUUAGGGCAUACGCUCAGGAUCACUUCUUUGACGUUGUGACAAACUCAAUAGGCUUAGCAACAGCCGUUUUGGCUGUUAAAUUCUACUGGUGGAUUGAUCCCUCUGGUGCUAUUCUUAUUGCUUUGUACACCAUAGGAACAUGGGCAAGAACCGUACUAGAGAACGUCCAUUCGCUGAUAGGACGCUCUGCGCCACCAGAGUUCUUGACCAAACUGACAUUCUUGAUAUGGAACCAUCACGAACAAAUCAAACACAUUGACACAGUUCGGGCCUACACAUUUGGUUCACACUACUUUGUGGAGGUGGACAUUGUUUUGCCAGAGGACAUGAGACUGCAAGAGGCUCACAACAUCGGGGAGACUCUUCAGGAGAAGCUCGAGCAACUUGCUGAGGUGGAACGAGCUUUUGUUCACAUUGACUUUGAAUUCACUCAUCGUCCUGAACACAAGUGUAAUUAGAUUUUGACAAAAAAAAUAUUCAGAACGUGAAUGUUACGUUAAGUAACGUUCUAGUGUUAGUUCUUUAGUUUAUGUUCUCUUCACGUCGUUUUGUCUGUAUUGAAAUCGAAUGAAUGUUGUAUCUUAUCUUAUCAAGUCUAUUGUUUCUCUCAUAUGCAAGUGAAAACGUGCGUUGUUUGGUUAAGACUGAACGUUCUGUCGUCUUUGUUUAUGGGAUGCGCAUUGUGUGCCGUUUUGAUCUAACGCUUUGUGAAUUCUUAUACAA